GAAGAGAUGUUUAUGACUCUCUUCCCAAGUCCUCUCCUAACAAGUGAACAAAAUGAAUCAAUCAAAACUGGAAACGCUUCAACUACAUCAGGAAUUUAUCAAAUCUUUAGCGGAGGGAAAAAAAUCAACUGCUCCAAAAGAAUGUGUUUUUCUCCCAUUCUGGAAAUCAACAUGCAGUCUGAAUCUAACAUUACAGUUCGAGAUGACAUUGAUGACAUCAACACCAAAAUGUACCAAACACUAUCAUACCCAUUAAGCUUUCAAGCGUCUCUCACCGGAUUUCUCAUGUUAGAAAUCGUGUUGGGACUUGGCAGCAACCUUACCGUACUGGUACUUUACUGCAUGAAAUCCAACUUAAUCAACUCUGUCAGUAACAUUAUUACAAUGAAUCUUCAUGUACUUGAUGUAAUAAUUUGUGUGGGAUGUAUUCCUCUAACUAUAGUUAUCCUUCUGCUUUCACUGGAAAGUAACACUGCUCUUAUCUGCUGUUUCCAUGAAGCCUGUGUAUCUUUUGCAAGUGUCUCAACAGCGAUCAACGUUUUUGCUAUCACUUUGGACAGAUAUGACAUCUCUGUAAAACCUGCAAACCGAAUUCUGACAAUGGGCAGAGCGAUAAUGCUAAUGAUAUCCAUUUGGAUUUUUUCAUUUUUCUCUUUCUUGAUUCCCUUUAUUGAGGUAAAUUUUUUCAGUCUUCAAACUGGAAAUACAUGGGAAAAUAAGACACUUUUGUGUGUCAGUACAAAUGAAUACUACACUGAACUGGGGAUGUAUUACCACCUGCUUGUACAGAUUCCAAUAUUCUUUUUCACUGUCAUAGUAAUGUUAAUCACAUACACCAAAAUACUUCAGGCUCUUAAUAUUCGAAUAGGUACCAGAUUUUCAACAGGACAGAAGAAGAAAGCAAGAAAAAAAAAGACUAUUUCUCUAACCACACAACAUGAGACUACAGACAUGUCACAAAGCAGUGGUGGGAGAAAUGUAGUCUUUGGUGUAAGAACUUCAGUCUCUGUAAUAAUUGCCCUCCGGCGAGCUGUGAAACGACACCGUGAACGAAGAGAAAGGCAAAAAAGAGUCUUCAGAAUGUCUUUAUUGAUUAUUUCUACAUUUCUUCUCUGCUGGACACCAAUUUCUGUUUUAAAUACCACCAUUUUAUGUUUAGGCCCAAGUGACCUUUUAGUAAAAUUAAGGCUGUGUUUUCUAGUCAUGGCUUAUGGAACAACUAUAUUUCACCCUCUGUUAUAUGCAUUCACAAGACAAAAAUUUCAAAAGGUCUUGAAAAGUAAAAUGAAAAAGCGAGUUGUUUCCAUAGUAGAAGCUGAUCCCAUGCCUAAUAAUGCUGUAAUUCACAACUCUUGGAUAGAUCCUAAAAGAAACAAAAUUACCUUUGAAGACAGUGAAAUAAGAGAAAAAUGUUUAGUACCUCAGGUUGUCACCGACUAA